CUUGACCUAAGGAUGGAGCACAAGACUUCAACUGCCGGCAUGAGCAUGUUUAUGACCCGAGUUUGGUCUAGUCCUCUUGUUUUAUCUUCCAUGUGGACGACGUCCGCAGACAAGGCUACGCUACGCUAGCUUUCUAGCUAGGGUUGGACGUGUCAUGUGUCAAACGAACGUACUCGAACCUGCCGGAUCUUGAUGAUGAACUUCUGCUCCGUCGUCCUUUUUUUUAUAAAUCCAGGUCUCAGGGGCCAAAACAAGUGGCGUACGUACGCUAACGCUGUAAUGCAUCAUCGAUCAGCUAGCUGGUGUCGUUACAGGGAGCUAGCGCAUCAACUUCUCUCUUCCAACUUUAUUUGCAGCGGCGCGGCAAGCUAGAUGUCGGGGAAGAAGGCCAGCGAGUUCAGCGGCGAGGAGCAGCAACAGGUGAUCGCCGAGUUCGAACGGCUGACGCGGGAUGCUGCCGCCGUCCAGCCGGAGACGCUGCGGCGGAUCCUCGACGAGAACGCCGGCGUCGAGUACCUCCAGGGGUUAGGCCUCGACGGCCGCACCGACCCGGACACCUUCCGGGCCUGCGUGCCGCUCGCCACGCACGACGACCUGGAGCCCUACAUCGCGCGCCUCGCCGACGGCGACACCUCCCCCGUCCUCACCGCCAAACCCAUCACCUCCAUCUCCCUCAGCUCCGGCACGACGCAGGGGAGGCGCAAGUACUUGCCCUUCAACGACGAGCUAUUCAAGCUGACGAUGCAUGUGUACCGGACCUCCUUCGCCUUCAGGAACAGGGCGUUCCCCGUCGAGGGCGGCGGCAAGGCGCUGCAGUUCGUCUACGGCAGCCGGCAGCUCACCACCAAGGGCGGCCUGACGGUGGCCUCGGCCACCACGCACCUGUACCGCAACGAGGGGUACAAGGCCGCGGUGCGCGGCAUCCAGCUGCCGUGCUGCAGCCCCGACGAGGUGGUCUUCGCCGCGGACUUCGCGCAGUCGCUCUACUGCCACCUCCUCUGCGGCCUGCUCUACGCCGACGAGGUCCGGACCGUGUUCGCCGUGUUCGGCCACAACCUCGUGCUCGCGCUCCAGACGCUGGAGCGGGCGUGGGAGGAGCUGUGCCACGACAUCCGCCGCGGCGCCCUGUCGCCGGCGCGGGUGACCGAGCCGGAGCUCCGGCAGGCCGUGUCCGCGCUCCUCGCGAAGCCGAACCCCGCGCUGGCCGACGAGGUGGCGCGCCGGUGCGCCGAGGCCAGGCUCGGCGGCUGGCGCGGGCUGGUCCACGCGCUGUGGCCCAACGCCAGGUACGUGCACACGAUCGUGACGGGCUCCAUGGAGCACUACGUCAGGAAGCUCCGGCACUACGCCGGUGGCCUGCCGCUCGUCGCCAUGGACUACGGCGCGUCGGAGGGGAUGGUCGGUGCCAACGUCGAGCCGGAGGUGCCACCGGACUCGGCAACGUUCGCCGUGCUCCCCAACAUCGCCUACUUCGAGUUCAUCCCGCUCAAGACCACCACCAAUGGCGGCGGCGGUAGCAGAGCGGACUGUACUGAUACCGGCGGCACGAGCUACAGCUCCGGGGCGGAUCCCGUCGGCCUGACGGAGGUCACCGUCGGCGAGCACUACGAGGUUGUCAUGACCACCUUCGCAGGUGGCCGGCUUCUACAACUCGACGCCCAAGCUCAAGUUCGUGAGCCGGGGAUCGAUCGGCCCCACGCUGUGCAUCAACGUCGACAAGAACACGGAGCAGGACGUGCAGCUCGCCGUGGAUGGCGCGGCCGAGAUACUGACCUCCUCGAGCAGGCUGGAGGUGGUGGACUACACCAGCCACGCGGACGUGUCGACGGACCCGGGCCACUACGUCGUUUUCUGGGAACUCAGUGGCGAGGCCGCCGCCGACGGCGUGCUGCAGCGCUGCUGCGACGAGCUGGACCGGCGCUUCGUCGAUGCCGGGUACGUGAGCGCCAGGAAGACGCGCGCCAUCGGGCCCCUGGAGCUACGUGUGCUGCGGCGGGGCGCCUUCCAGAAGGUGCUGCACCACUGCCUCUCCCUCGGCGCUCCGGCGAACCAGUUCAAGCUGCCGAGGUGCGUCGCCCGGUCCAACUCCGGCGUCCUCCAGGUCCUCUCUGACAACACCAUCAAAAUCUUCUUCAGCACAACCUACGACUGAAGUUGCCAGACGGUGGCGCGGCGACCAUGACAAAUCAGGCGGUCUGCUGUGAGUGACAGAAUUUAGCGCCAAGAGCGACUGGUUUUCUUUUGAAAAGUUGCACUCUCAUGCGUGCCUACGAGCCUGUUCGCAUGAUUUUAAUGCUUACAGACUUCUACUGCUUAUAUAGUGUUUUGUCUCUCUAUAUAUUACAACUACAGCAGUUCGAAUCGAACAGCUGGAGUGUUUUCUGCAUCUUUUUUGUUUGCCGUUAUUUUCUGCAUCUUUUUUUUGGCCGUUAUUUUUACGCGUGGCUUGUUUGCUUGCAAAAGAAAUAUGAUACACACUUUUGAUUGGGAGA